UUCAUAACGUCAUGGAGGGCAGUGGAAAAUCUAAAACGAGUUGUAUACUUCAGCUUGGUGUAUUGCUGAAUUUAGCCCUGACAAUACUGUCUGUGGGGUAUUUGACUUACAGAGUGCACACUUUGGAUGAACGAAUCGUUCGAUGUGAGCAAAUCAAAAAAACAGAGCCAGACGCUGAUGUAYAUAAAAAUCGCUUGCCAAGAGCGGCUAACAAUGGCUCGAGAGAUCCAACGAGUGCUUGUACCAAAUGCAGAGAUCUCUGUACGCAAAUGUUCUCGUCUGGAUCAUCCAAAAAGUUAAAAUCGUCAAAACCAUCAAGUAAACCAGUUUGUGUCAGAGGUCCGCCUGGAGCACCGGGUCCACAAGGGCCGAAAGGAUCAAGCGGACAAAGAGGACGACGUGGUAAACGAGGAUUUCGAGGAUCUCCUGGAAAACAAGGUCCACCUGGACUACCAGGUCCGCAGGGACCGAGGGGAGUGCCAGGAAGAGCGCUCUCUGGAAAUGCUUCAUCGAUUAUCCAUUCCCUUGCUCUUCCAAAAAUAACCAAAAGACCUCCAUCUGUUCUUGUAACCAAAGAAGGCGAWAAUGUGGUCAUUCCGUCCAAAGCCUCUGGUUUCCCUAUUCCUAAAAUCUUGUGGUACAAAGACAACAAGAAAGUAGACGACCGAUUCUAUGCAACUGGUGCUCUACGAAUAAGCAAUGUCAAGUUCGAAGACCAUGGGGUUUACCUAUUGAAAGCAAAGAAUUUCAUUGGUCAAGCAACAGCGAAAAUGAAACUUGUUGUAAAUGUUGCUCCACGAUUCGUGGUUUUACCUCCACAUUACGUCUCUGGUUAUGAAGACUGGAACACAACCUUCACAUGCAAUGUAUUUGGAUUUCCUUCUCCGCGGAUCGAAUGGACACGAGCUCAGAAAGCCAUGCCUAAAGGACGCCAUGUAAAAUCUGGUAACAGCCUUAUUAUCAUGAAUACAAAGAGAGAGGAUAAGGGACCCUACAUGUGCAAGGGAAUCAAUAACCAAGGGAAUGUGCUUGCUAUAAUAGUGCUUAAUGUUCAUUCUGUUAUUGCUCCAUCCAUCGUACAAUCCUCUCCUAAUAAUAUGACCGUCUACAAAAUCCUGAGCCGUGUCAAAUUAAACUGUUCAGCUACUGGAUCACCGCUGCCAACGAUCGAGUGGAGCAAAGAUGGCCGACUUUUAUCUGUAAACACUACAGUUCGCCAGACCAAUAAAGAAACUAUAGGCGAGUUGGUYAUUGAUUCGUUCAUGCCUCAAGACCAAGGACGAUACAAAUGCUUUUUUAGAAACUACGAGAAUGGAACGGCUGAAACUACAAUACAAGUCUCACUAAUGAGCUGUGCCCAUCCUGGAAAACCAUUGAAUGGCUAUUGCACUGGCAAUGAGUUCUGGGCUGGAAAUAUGGUAUUUUAUACUUGUGAUCCUGGUUACUACUUAGUGGGACCAUCCAACCGACUUUGUCUGGAAACUGGUGCAUGGAGCAACUCCAUGCCAUCAUGCCAUCGUCUUUGUCCUGAGAUCGCACCUCCUGAGAAUGGAUACAUUGCGGGUCAUUUCCUGGCCAACAGAACUCUCACUUUCAAUUGUAAUCCCGGUUACUGGCUCAGUGGAAACCGCCAACUACUAUGUGAUCCUAACACAGGACAGUGGAAAAAUUGGAAUGGAAGUUUUAACACUGAAAAAUCGCAGUGUAUAAGCCAGACAAUGUUUUCAAACAUCCUAAAAAGUCGAAAAUAUUACUACGAUUUGAUGAGAGAAUGGCUGGCUCCAGUAACAGACAUACCAAUAAGAUGGGUACCAUGCUACCAAAGCAGACUUCACGGAUGGGCCAGUAAGACAUUCCAUUCAAAUUGUGAUGGUAAAGGACCGACUAUUAUAAUCAUCAAAGUGAACAAAUACAUAUUUGGAGGCUAUACAGACGUCAGCUGGCAUUCCAAAGGGUCUCGCAGCACAUCAGUCAACUCGUUCCUGUUUUCAUUCGUAAACAAAGAUAACUUGAAGCCAUUUAAAAUGAAAGUUGUCAAAUCACAAUAUGCAAUUGAGGGAUAUAGCGGCUGGGGACCAAUCUUUGGAGGCGGCAAUGACAUACAGAUUAGUAAUAAUGCUGGUAGCAACACAAACUCCUAUACGAACCCUGGACAUAGCUAUGUACUGAUUAAGGGCUACACAUUUGGAUCAACUAAAGCAAAGAACCUUCUUGCAGGAUCGUACAAGUUUCAGCCAGACGAGGUCGAAGUGUUUCGCCAAGAUGGCUUAGAGGUUUAGGUGAAAGAAACCAGUCUAACAAAACACAGGGAUCCCACAUAAUAUCGAUGCCGCUUUUAACACAUACGAUAUUUGCAGGAAAUAGACCUAAUCGGCUAACGCGCUGCUAUAAACGUUUCCACCCAAUUCAAACCACCCGGGAGUAAGU